AUGGAUCGCUGUAUAAAUUGUACGAUUGCGAUUGGUCGCAGUAAUCCUAUUGGGAGAAAAGUCUUGGAUAAUGAGGCGAUUUUAACAAUUAUUCGUCAGUGGAGAAUAGCAGAGCCAGAGCUCGACAUGCAGUUUCCACCAACAUUAUCAUCCUUCCAUGCCAUGGCAUUACCAUCGUUCGAGGCUGAAUUAUGUCCAGAUGUUUUGUUAGCAGAGCAGGAACCCGACGAGACUGCGUUUCCAUCGAUAUUGCCCACAGACGCAAAUUUACCAGACCUUUUGUCUCAAGACGAUUUGGAGAAAAUUUACGAAGCUCUGGAUCAUGGAUGGAUGGACUUCCGGCAGAAGACAUCGUAA